UCCAAUUCGUUGAUAUAUUUGGCCAAUAGAAACCGGUUGAGAAAUUUAGUAGAUUUAAUUUGAAUGAUGGUGAAAGUGUUGAAUCAGACUGUCGAUAAUUUGUGAGGUAAGACUGAAUAAUACUAUUUCUGUGAUUUUGUGUGCUGCUUCAAUGCAUCUCAGUCUUCACAUCCUCUUCCACAACUGAUUUGUGAAUGAGGAAACUUCUGAAAUCGAUUCCUCACACAGUCUUUCAGGAAUGUGAGUGUGGGACAAUGCAUAACUUGACUGCCGAAACGUUCAGUGAUAUAUGAGGAUGUAGUGUAGAAGUGAACUUAAAAACAUAUAGGUCACUGCCGAUUGACUAACAUUAUUUCAUUUUCACCGACCAAUAUAUUGGACCAUAUUGACAACGUCUACAAUGUGGCCACCAAACUACAAGACUACCCAUAACAUUGAGCAUACACUGGAUAAACGAGGUGUUAACUGUGAGCUAAUGCAUGUAUGUUCAUCUGUGGAUUUCUGAAUUGUGCAUAAUCUGUUUGCCACUCAACUGGCAUCUGACUUAUUGUGAGUAUCACGAAGAAGAAGUCAACGAAUGUCUGAUGAAUAAAUUUGUGAAAGUCAUAUUUAGCUCCCAAAGCAAAUGCAGAAAGCAGUUUUCAUGUAGUUAGACGAUUGGUGCUGACCACGAAGCUCACGUGGCCUAAACACCACCUCGCUCCACACACACUCCCUGCCUUGACCCUUCCAUUUCAUAGCAUUUCUUCCACAAUACAUUAUGUGUACUGAGUCAACACCUCACAAAUAGAGAAUUACAUGUGACGACUGUGGAAACAGUGUGAUUGCGGAAGUGCAGCAUUUCAACCAUAUCACGCUUGAUAUCUUCUUAUCCUUGUUAAUCUGUGCAGCGAAGCAUUCUCAAUAUAUGAAUUUCUGUGAGUGGUUAGUGAAUACCGAUCUGUGGAUGAGUGGGAUAUAGGUGGUAACUGAAAAUGUGAAGAUGGUGAAGAGAAAUAGACCCACUCUGCAAUAUCAUAUGAACUCGUGCCUACAACCUUGCAAAAGAAGUAGCAAUAGGUGACUGUGGAAAUGAGUUCCAAGUUGUUUCCAGAAUCACAUUUGAACCACAAGGACAGACAAGCGAAAUGACUGACUCAUUGAAAUUGGAAUAUGUAAAGCAGUCUGUUACACAGAGAACUUUUACGAAACUGGAGCUCCAGGUUAUUGUACUACUGAUUGUAGAAAUCUUCAUUUCAGUGGUGACGACAUUCGUUGUACUUUAUUUAUUUAGGGAAAUAGUGGAAACUUUGAUAGAACAAUUUACUUGGAGUAAAUUGGUGUUGGUAUUACUUGGAAUAUUUCUCGGUCUGUUACUGGUACUGGUCAAGCCUUUCCAACAUAGGAAGCCACUCAAUUUCUUCAUGUUGUUCACAACUGUAAGUGAUGAAUACCUUGAUAUUUCAUGCAAGCGUAAACAUCUUGUCUCUGAUUCUGUUCCACACUAGCAUAUAUCACUAUGUGCCCAUCGAAAUGCAUUAUUCAUCUCACCUUGGAAAAACAUGAACAAUGAUCUUUCCUAACUCAUCAAAACUUCCUUCACUUCGUUUUCAAUCUAGGUGACAGUAUUAACUUUGGGAGUUGCACUGCUCCUCACAGGUACUCCAGCAGUGCAAGUGUUGGCUUCUUGGGUGAUCACAAUUCUCAUCGGUGGAUUGUUGCUUGCUAUCGGAUUUUUCGGCAACUUCGAUAUCACACAAUGGAUAAGAAUGUAUUUCAUUUACGCUGCGGUCAUGUGUUCUCUCACUGCAGUUGGAGAGAUAACGUUUUUCAUUGUUCAGUGGAUAAACGUAAGUUUAUUGUGCCCCACAACACUUUCUGAGAAUCCACACUGAAUAAUGCUGAAUUUGUUGCAAUCCCUCGUAGCUUUCCUGUUGCAGGUGAGUAAUGAACAAGAGUGAGAUAUGCUUCCUUGAUAAAUAUUGUUGAUACGACAGUCGACCAAGAUUGUGAAGAUGACUUCACAUGUGCAAUUCAGCUGAUCAGCCGUUAAACCAGACAACGUGUUCACGCAUUCAUUUCAAAAUAAGUGAAUUUCGGAAGUUGUCUACCAUAUGCUAGUGAGGCUAACACUCCAUAUCCAAGUGGCGUCUCUCUGUAAACAUUCAUCUGCAAAUGAUUACCGAAGUCAUCAAGAGGUUAUUAAUGCCACACCUCAGAAAUUUCAUGAAAACAUCAGCUUGUUCACUUCCGAGGAAGUUCAGUCAACUACAUCUCAUUUUGUUUUACAAUACUAUUAUCCUAAUGUGUUUGAAGUGAACAAUGUGCAUAGAAGUACUGAGUAAAUGGAGUAUAUGAUUAUUCAAUGAUCUGAGAGUUGUCUUCCCUCAUUUUCAUUUAUUCAUUUGAUUUCAGGAAGCGUUUCUGUUGCAGGCUGUGUCGAUUGCGUUAGCAUUCCUCCCAGUAAGUAUAACCAUUACAUUUUACAAAGUUAUCCUCUCGAAAAUUUCUAACCGUUAGAGCAUCUACUACCGAUACACACAGAUGCACUGCAUUGCCACUGUACAUCACUAAUGGAUCACUGCCUAUGCAUACACGAGUGGUGUUGUGUUGUGUGAAUGAAAUUUGUGUUAUGUGGUAACACUUAAAUGUGCUGGCCGGUAGUUCAGUUAUUGAACAUGUUCACAUAAGUGUACUCCGUCUCAGGCUUCUUUGACUUCUUGACAAAAUGCUCUCCACAUCUCCUCAGAAAUGCCAACUUCAUAUCGAAAGAAACUACUGUCGAUAGUGUUGUCUAGAAAUAGAUCGAUGCACUGGUAUUUACACCACUCAGCUGAUACAACACAACACCAUCAAGGCUACUCACCUCAUUAUAAUACUGAUUACCAGACAGUUUGAUAAUGCAAAUCGUGGUAAAUUUCGGUUCCCAACAAUCCAAUCAAGUGGACAUACGUCUAACUGAGAAUUGCUGAGUGGUAAUAGUUUACUGAUAUGAUAUAUUCAAGCUGUUGAAUAGUUGAGAUUUCGAUUUGUCCUUGUGAUGAAACAAAAUGAAGUGGGCAGUAGGUGUCGAGCUAAAUCUACCUGCCUGGUUCAUCAGAUUAUUUGUCAAGGCUAAGAAAUUCUGAUUCCACAACAGGUCUCUCCUCGAAAACAGGAGAGGCACAUCCACAAUGGUUUCGUACAACUUGCAUUCGAGCAUUUAGAUGAGCGGUUUACGUAAGCUAUCAAUUUCAACGUACAAUAGUAGACAGUGUCAAGACGGGAGAUGUUUCGGAUGAGGAGUGAAAGUGGUAGGUGAUUGGAUUGCAUAUGAUCUGCAUGAAUUCUGAGUUCUCUCAGAAAUGCUUGGUGAGCCACUUGAGAAUGCGUAGAGUAAAGAUAUGAGUAGAUGACACCUGAACACUAUGAAAUCACUAACGAUAAUAAUCGACCUUCUGUAUGACUGCUAAUGCGAGUGACACUAUCACGAAUUAAGAGCGAAAGUGCACCUGUCGGCAAGUAAUAAGUUCCCCUUCUUCUAUUCGAACCAUGGAUUGCAUGCUGGUCAUCAGUGUGAAACGGCUGUAUCAUUUAAUCACGAAUACUACGACUCUAAUUCUGACUCCGAUUCACAGAAUUCACUUUCAUGAAGUCACCUUACCCGACUGACAUAUUACAGAAUCCUGCGUGAUUCUUAGCCUCCAAAUUCCACUCCUUCACCCACUAGAUUACACAUGUAAACAAUGCAUAUAAUUUCGGUUGUCACGAAUCGCAGAUGAUGUACUCCAUUGUAUCUCCAGUUUGAUCUUCAUAACUUCUACAAUAUGACUUGACUAAAUAUCUGUGAACAGAAGUAAUCACACAAUCAAAACAAUAGAAGAGUGGAGGAGACAAGAUUGCAGAUAAUCACUCUUCUACAAACAGCAUCACAAUUGUCAUCACGCAUUAUACUCAGAUUUCUGACUGAUGAACCUGAAGAGAUAUUUGGUGAUAGCAGUGAAUGUUGGCACAGAUUGUUGUGGGAGUAAAUUUCCACCUCCAUCGCUUACUGUAUUCAAUGCUAAUUAUUAUACUGUUUCUCCUACAGGGAAUGGUGUUUGCAGCUCAAAUGAUUCAGGAUGGGAAGAAAGUCGUGUGUCCACCUAAUCAAUAUAUAGUGGCAGCCUUCGCAAUCUGGUGCAUUAUAAUUGUCAUCGAAUAUGGAUUUGAUGUUGGAAUAGUUAGCAUCAUUUCAAUAUGGAGCAGUACCACCAUGAACAGUACAACUUUCAAAUUUCUCUACAAGCAGGCUGUAUUACAUACAUAAAAUUAGAUAGCUGAUGGCUUACUACGAAGUGAGAAAGCGAUAGAUGAAUCUGAUGCUUGAGAUACUUUCGAAAUAUAUACAAUCCAUUACAAAGAGGUGUACUCAGAUAACUAUCUGUUAAGUAACCGAUAAAACAUGUUAUUAUACAUUGAGUAAUUCGAAUAAAUAUACUGCAUAUA